GCCCCGCUCGCCAUCCUUCUCGUCCCUCUCGUCCUCCCGUUCCCCGUCCGCUCCAGUGCUCAAGCCCACCUCCUUGAGCCUGAAGUAUGGCCAUUGGAAAAUGGAUCUCAUUCGGUUCCGCCCAGGCCAACCACGUCUCCAUCCCCGUCGCUCCCGCCGUCACUCAACCUCCCGUCGCCUGUGCAGCGGACGCGAAGCAGUUUGGGCUCGAGAACUUCGGGAAUACAUGCUACGCCAACUCUGUACUACAGGCCCUGUACUUCUGUGGGCCAUUUCGCGAGCUUCUAGUUCAAUAUCCCGAUCCUGCUGCACCCGAUAUCCCGCAUAUACCACAUCCCUCGUCAUCUCUGCCGACAUCCAACGCCGCUCCUUCCGCCAUUCCCCGCAGCAGACUAGAGCGAAAGUCUUCCGUCUCAGAGUCUUCUCCCUCUCAGGCCUCGCAGCUCAAUGCGAGCUUCCCGCGGUCAGAUGCCUCCUCUGUGUUCCCUAUUCCCCCGUCACCACCAACGCUGCUGUCCGCGUUGCGCUCACUGUUCGUGCACAUAAGCAAUCAGCCGGCCUCCAAAGGCACCAUUGCGCCCCGCGCAUUCAUCGAGAAGCUCAAGCAAGAACAUGAACUGUUCCGAAGUGGACAACAUCAGGACGCGCACGAGUUUCUCAAUUUCCUGUUGAAUAGGAUAGUGGAGGAGAUUGAGCAGGACCGGCGGAGAGGGCAAAACGGAACCGCAAAUGCAGGGAGUUUGAGCGGCGAAGACUUGUCUACGUCGAUUGCGACCUUGUCCACCACUGCCGCCGGCCCGACUUCCACUGCCUCCAUAUCGCCUUCAAGUCCCUCAUUCCCACAGUCCACCUUGGUGCACCGGCUAUUCGAAGGCGUGCUGACGAGCGAGACGCGCUGUCUCACAUGCGAGACGGUCUCAUCACGGGAUGAGUCUUUUAUUGACCUGUCGAUUGACAUCGAGCAGAACUCGAGCGUUACGGCGUGUCUGAGACAAUUCAGCGCAAGUGAGAUGCUCUGCCAAAAGAACAAGUUCUUCUGCGACGCGUGUUGCGACUUGCAGGAAGCGGAAAAGCGGAUGAAGAUCAAGAAGCUGCCGAACAUCCUUGCAUUACAUUUGAAGCGGUUCAAGUACCAAGAGGACGUGAAAAGAUACAUCAAGCUCACAUAUCGUGUAGCAUUUCCGCUGCAGUUACGAUUAUUUAAUACCGUGGAUGAUGCAGAAAAUCCCGAUCGUCUGUACGAGCUGUUCGCCAUUGUUGUUCACAUUGGAGCCGGUCUCAACCACGGUCACUACGUUACUAUCAUCAAAGCUCGGGGGAAAUGGCUUCUUUUCGACGAUGAGAGUGUUGAUGUCAUCAAGGAAUCCGACAUCCCCAAAUACUAUGGCGAGACCAACAACGGCUCUGCCUACGUCCUUUACUACCAAGCAGUAGAUCUUGACAUGGCUGCACUCGGUAUACGACCGCAGGAGGCUACAACGACGUCAACGGACAUCGGUUUGGAACCCUCGUCGAGGCCGUCGAACGUCGCGACCGUGGUCGAAUCCAGCGAGUCGGAUCCCGCAGUACCGCCAGGGCUUACCGUUGAUGCGGACUCGGAGAAGAGCGACUCCCCCCUUCCAACCCCGCGAUCUCAGCCACAGUCAUCGUCAUCGCUGCAGACACCGAGACAUGCUUCCCCACAGCCACCGACAUUGGGGCUGUCGAUACCCAAGCGGCCGUCCUCGGGACCUUCGACACCGGUGCAGGCAUCCGGAUCAUCAUCUUCUGGUGCGCUUGGAGGGCUAUUCAACACCCUUCGGCAUACACCGUCUAUGCGAGUGCGCAUGAAUGGUGGUAAUGCUUCCGACUCUCGGAGGAGCUGGAUGGAUGCUGUGCAGCACCACCCCACGUCAUCGCCAACGAAGUCGCGUUCCAGCCGGCGCCCCGCAACAGCGCACGGAAUUGUAUCGACGACGAGCAGCCAGUCGCAGGAGUCGGAGCCGGGAUCGCCGUCAAUGGCAUCAAUGCCGGACGGACAUGCUAAGGAGAAGCAGCCCGAGAAGAAGGCAAGCAUGUGGUUCAAGCGGAAGAGCUCGCGACUCGAGGCGUCGUUCAGUGGCCCGUCAUCAGUGCCAGUGAGGGAAGAUACGGUGUCACCGCAGCGCUCGCAGACUCUGAAGGAAACCGGGCACUCGCGGGCGAUGUCCGAGGCGAGUCCAUCGCCUGCUCCGACGUCGUUCGCGGCGUCUCCGAUGGGAAUGGUACAUUCGCCGUUGGUGCCACCGCCCCUAGCGUCUCCGUCGAUGCCAAUGUCACCCGUGCUGUCGCAUCCACAUCACCCGGAGCACAAGAAGUCGACGCCAGAGCUUCCGGGUAAAAGUAAGAGCAGCAGAUCAGGCGUCACUUCUGCAUUAGGGAGGCUGCCGCGGAGACCGUCCACCGCGGGCGCGACGGUUAGCACCCCUUCGCAUGCAAGGCCAACGUCUGUUGUUGUACCGCCAAUACCGUCCAUACCUUCCUCACCGUCAUCGCAACAACCGAAUGGGACGGCUGGUCGGACGUUGUUGUCUGGCACUCCAGAUGCUGCUCAUCAUCGCCACAGCCAUUUGGACGAGUUUGGAAUGCAUGGCUUUCGGAGAUCGCACCGGCCAUCGACGGCGAGCGCUGUGCCGGAGUCGCCCAGGGCGACCGGCUUCGCUGCAUCCCCAUCGUCAUCGAGCGUGGAGAACGGGACGAAGAAACGGGCGACGCGGAAGCUGAGCUUCAGUGCGCCCAUGCUUGGAUUCGGCCGAAAGGAGAAGAAGGACAGGGAGGUGCAGCCGCCUCCGAGCUCGUACGUUGCGAGCCGGUGACCGAGAUCGAUUUGUGAAUUUGCUGUUGCUGCGUUCGACGUACGCAUGCAAUGAAAUGACCCGCCAGCCGGCAUGGACAGUGCUUGUGCGUGCUCUCUUUAGACUUGAUAUAUCCCCGCCCACGUUCGCCAUAUGAUUAUCGCAUUUACGCUUGUACUUACACCAUGCCUGUAAUUCUCUUCUGCUGCGCUGCUCUUCCUUCUGUCCAGCAACCCUCUUUUGCUGCUGCAGCGUUGUGCACACUCAUUCAUAUUUUUUUCUGCGUGGAGGGGUGCUCUGUUGUAGAUUCUGUUUCGCGACAAGCAGCUUGCAUACCUAUCACUUCUAUAUUUAAAUAGCACACGAUGUACAUAUAUCAAACAGGCGC